CAGAGAUCACAUGACCCAGUGCCUAGGCUUGUGGUUGUGUAAAGAGCACGCCCCUCCCAGUCCCCAUUGGUUCCUGCUCUUCUGACAAGGCUGUGUAAAUGUAGAAGUGAUCUGGGAGGAGGACCAAAGGUUCUUUGAUGGGGGGAAGAGUCCCAGCUGGUUGGGACCUCCACAGAGAACAUCUUCUCACUCCUAUCUACCUGAUCCAGAUGGAAUCUUGAUGGAAGUGAACUAACCCUCUCAUAUCUAUUGAUGAUGUUUUUCUAUUUUUCCAGGACACGCCAUGGAGAAACCCUCAAAGGAUCGUCUCACUUUAUCUCCAGGUUGUAAAAUGGAAGAUGAGGACACCACAGGAGAUUGUGGAGGAGAAAAGACAAUAAGCUCCACUAUGGAUGGAGGACUUCCCAGUGUGGAUAGACCAUGGAAUCCCUCCGACUCUGAGCAACCUCGUACUGUGAGGGGUGGUGGUGAAAUGAAGGGGGAGAAGGAAUUUUGCUGUUUUGAACACGGAGAAAGGUUUUGCUCUGCUUCUGGUGUUUUUAUACAUCAGGGAUAUCGCAGGGUGGGGGAAUAUUUUUCUUGUUCUGAGUGCGGGAAAUGUUUCCUAUAUAAAUCAAAACUGGUUAGACAUCAGAGAUCUCACACAGGUGAGAAGCCGUAUUCCUGCCCUGAGUGCGGAAAAAGUUUUCUUUGCAAGUCCAAACUAAAUAUACAUUACAGGUCCCACACGGGUGAGAGGCCGUAUCCCUGCCCCGAGUGCGGGAAAUCUUUUCUACAGAAAUCAGACCUCGUGUCACAUCAAAGCUCGCACACGGGGAAGAAGCCGUAUUCCUGUGCCGAGUGCGGGAAAUGUUUUUCAGACAAAUCCGGGCUUGUUGUUCAUGAAAGAUCUCACACGGGGGAAAAACCAUUUUCCUGCCCUGAGUGCGGGAAAUGUUUUUCAAACAAAUCGGGGCUUGUUGUACACCAAAGAUAUCACACGGGGGAAAAGCCGUAUUCCUGCCCUGAGUGCGGGAAAUGUUUUUCAAUUAAGUCCAAACUUUCUAGUCAUCAGAGAAUGCACACGGGCGAGAAGCCGUAUGUCUGUCCCGAGUGUGGAAAAUCUUAUAGACUGAAAUCGGUACUUAUUAAUCAUCAGCGAUGCCACACGGGGGAGAAGCCGUUUUCCUGCUCUGAGUGCGGGAAAUGUUUUUCAAGCAAAGCAGCGCUUGGUGUACAUCAGAGAUCUCACACGGGCGAGAAACCGUAUUCAUGCCCAGAGUGCGGGAAACUUUUUUCACGAAAGUUCCGUCUUAAAGAACAUCAGAGGUCUCACACGGGUGAGAAGCCGUAUUGCUGUCCUGAGUGCGGAAAACGUUUUUCAUGCAAGUCCUAUGUUACUCAACAUCAGAUACGACACAGGCAGAAACAGCAAAGAUCUCGGACAAGGGAAAAGCCGUACUCCUGCCCUGAGUGCGGGAAAUGCUUCUCAAAGAAGAAUUGUCUUACCAUACAUCAGAGAUCCCACACAACCCCCAAGGUGUAUUAGUGUCCUAAGUGUGGGAAAUGUCUUCUAUGUGGAUCAUAUUUGGCCGUACAUUGGGACGUUUAUCGGUGAAAAAUGCAAAUAUAUUAAUAUGAAACAAAUUUGAAUUAAAUAUUUAUAUUCUUAAACUCA